AUGCCGACUUGUUACUACCCCGGGGGCAUCUUUGAGGAGCUUCCAGAGAUAUCUCCCGAGUUCCUGCGCUCUCCUGAUGUUAGUGGUCAAGCUUGGGAGAAUGUCGAGAAGACUCGAUCGACUCCUAACAGCGUGAAGAAACUUCUGAGGGAGCAUCACGGGCUCGGGAUAACCUUCUUGAUUCCCUCAGAGAGUCAAAGGCCUUGGUCGCCACCAAUCGGAUACCAAUGCGUCUACGAAUCCUAUUUCCGAGACGAGACAAAGCUUUGGUUUCCCAUACCUCGCCUGGUUACGUCGUAUGCGAGGCGUCGCAAUGCAGCGAUCAGUCAGUUUUUGAACGGUUCGUGGCGCAUUGCGGUUUCUCAAAUGAUUAUGGCUGCUGAAAUCGAUGUCUCGCUGAGUGUCCGUGCCUUUGAGGAGCUGACAUCCAUCAGCUCGUUAGAUGACGGGCUUCUGUCGAUCAAGAUGCGUCCAAGCUACAACGUGAUUGGGAAGCAUCCCAACAAGACGGCAGAUUGGCAGAGAUCGUACUUCUUUAUAAAGUGCGAUGACUCCGCCUUCGAAGACCCGCCAGAUGAACACUACCGUGUCUUAUGGAACACUUUGCUUGGUAGAUCAUCUUCGUUUGCCUCCGACCAUCCGACUUCUCGCGAUUAUCCGGAAGACUUUCUUUCGAGCGCACGUGCUGUAGCGAGACUUGCUCAAGAAAAUUGGGGGAAUAUUUCUUGGGAGAGGGUCCGCCGCUCUAUUGACCGUAUUUCUAGAAGGGACUGGGACUCGAGCCUCCUUCCUUCAGUUAACAAAAGCAAGAGACGGAUUUCGCUUUUUUCUCGGGAAGAACAAGAGAGAAUCAACGCGUCGAGAAGAAUGAAAGGACUCCCCGACUUGAGUGCUGUAAUGGCGAUGGAACUCGGUUUGACCCCGACCGAGCCACCAUCGUCUUCCAAUCCGUUGGUGGCUAGCGACGUGAAUCCUGCGAGCCUUGGCCAUCACGACUCCUCGUCUGUCGCUGCUGUUGUUGCUCCCAAGAAAAAGAGCAAAAAGAGGUCUCGCGACGCACCUUCCGUUGGGGAUGGUCUCGAAGCUCUUCCGGAGGAAGGCGACGACCCGGAGGUUGCGGAGCCGUCUUCAAGCAAGAAGAAGGAAAGGAAGCAACUGCCUUCGGAAGGGGAUAUUGAGAGCCGAGAAGUCGAGGCGGCUCGCCCUUCUGUUUUACUUCCUCUGGUCGACGAGGGUUCUCCCAACUUGGCCUUAGCGGAUGAUCCUCAGAACAUCUCUCCCGAAGCUCCGCUACAAAGGAAGAAGUCGAAGCGUUCAGAUGGUCAAGGAAUGAUCGGUCGCCAAGCUCCAUCUGUUGCUUCGCCGAGUCGCGAGGCGUCGGUUCCCGGUUCAUCGUCUGGCGGCGUUCCGGCUGUUAGGAAGACCCCGAGGGUCGACUUUCCAGAUCGUGUUUUGUUCGACUAUGAUGGACCGACUCCGCUUAUCUACUCUCCGCAGCGAUGUACAGAGCUAGUCAGUCAGAUCAAAUGCGGUCCAAAACCUUUCCCGCCGGUUGCUGACUUGAUUUUUAAGGACGAGUAUAUCGACUCUGCUUGCACUAAACUGUUGAGCGAUGGAGUCUCGAACUUUGUCAUCGAGAAAUAUGACUCUGCGCUGAAAGAAGCUCUUGCCGAGUCUGAAGAGCUGAAGAAGAAAGUCUUGCGCAAGAGUAGACUUCUCCGUCGUAGAAGGGCGGAAUGGCAAGAGAAGUUCGAGAGGAUGGCGGUGAAGCGAGAUCGUGCGGUCGCUCGGAGGAAGGCCCACCAGAAACGAGCUGACGCAGCCGAGGAGGAGCUUUCCGUUGCUCGCUCCUCUAUUGAAAUUUUGGAGCGUCGAAAGGGGGAGCUUAUGGAGGAUUUGGGGGUGAAGACUGCGCAGUAUAAGAAAGAGUUGGACCGUCUUAGGGAUUCGCGUGUUUACGAGGUCACGAAAGAGAGGGUGAGGGUUGAGACCGAAAUGAUCGCGAAAUCCAACAAGCAUUUUGCCAACUUGCGCGAAUGGUGGACUCGCUACGGGCCUUUCGACACGGCGCAGUUACUUCAGAGUCAAGCGUUUGGGACUAAGAACUGUCUCGAGGCUCUAAGGGCCGGCGGUCGCGACAUUCCGCAGGAGACCAUCGAUAUGUUCGUCGCCCGCGAGAAGCAGUUCGAAGAAGAAGCCACGAAGCUCAACCCGGGCGAGAUUCCUGCGGGCGACUUGGCUCUCUCCCCACUUCGGCUUGAUUACCAGUUUGUCGAUAUGCGAGCCUUCGUGGGUCUUGAUCCGCAUGGAUCCAACGCUGACUUGAUUGAUCCGCAGGCUGCCUCGGUACUCCGGAGUUCCGCUAAUCCUUCUGCAGCCUCGACUGCUCCGUCUCAUUCCGAGGGGGAAGAAUCAUUGAGAACUGACGCGCCGGCUCGCUCUUCUGAUGUUGCUUGCCAAGGAUCCAAACCUGCUGAGGGCGCAGUCGAUAAAGAGGUUCUUGACAUUUCCGAUUCUUCUGCCUCGAACCCUGAAGGCAACCAGGGCGACAAGUCGGACAACGAUGUCGGCGAGGAGGUUAGCAAGGAACCUAUUGGGGAGACGACUGAUCCCGUGACUCGCCUUUCGGAGAGCCAGCCUGAGGUUAAUGAAGAUGGAGCGUCGACUCGGAGCGAGGAUGCUAAUGCGAGUCAGUUGGUGCAUGCUGAUCUUUCUGAGCCGUCUCUCGACGGUGGAAGCCUCGUGCAGGAGCAGAUCGAAAACCCAGGAGAAUAA